UGUGGCGCGUGUGUUAUGCGCGCGCGUGCUUCGGUCUGCUCGCUCGGGUGUAGCGCGUUUGACGUGUGGAAACCUACCGAACUGCUUCUUGUUAUGAGGUGCUGAUAAGAAGAGGCCCGUAGCCAAGAUGAGUUCGUUGGAGAAUGUGCAGUCACUACAGAACAAGCUUCUGAUGCUUAAUCUUCUGACAACAUCUAAACUCGACAAGAGCGUCGGUGCUUUCACUAGCCAACUAGACCCUCAAAAUGUUGUGCGAUUCUUCAAAUGCAUGGAGAGCUCUUGCGACUUUUGCACUGAUGAAGAAGACAAGUUCAAGGACCAUUUGAGGGCUCAUGUGGACCCUCCUCACUGUACUUACUGUAAUGAGGUUGCUGCAAAUGAACAACUUCUGGUUGAGCACAUGGUAGCAGAACACGGUUCUUGCCGAUUCCAAUGUGCAUUGUGCUUUUACAGGUCACAGACAGUGACUCACAUUCGGGUUCAUGCCAUAAUGGUGCACAAAUCAAAGUCUCUGUACUGGUACGCAUGCACGGAGAGGGUACCAACCAGCUCUAAGCUUGUCGACCAAGGAAAAGACCAUAUUAGUGGCUAUGUCUGCAAGGAUUGCAGCUUCCGGAGCCUUUCCACAGAACGCUUCUUUGAGCAUCUUUCAGUCAUUCAUCCAGGACCUUCUUCUCUGUCUUGUCACAUCUGUUCUGCGCAAGUGGGUGGUCCAAGCUCUCUUAUUGAUCAUUAUAUGGAAAUGCACAACAUACGUGCUUUUCACUGCCUUUUUUGUGACUUUGGGAGCCAGUUCGACUGGGAUGUGAUUGUGCACAUGAGCGAGUGCCAUCCCGGAAGGCCUUUCAAGAUUUACUGCCGUGGAAAGGACAUGCCAUCAUCCUUCAGAACUCUGAAAGACUUAGAAAGGUCAAAUAUCAAAGAUAGUAUCCCUGCCAGUUUCAGUUCCUUUUCCCGCCACAGUCUCAAAAAUAAAUGGCAACAAGAAAAUGAAGGCAAGGAAUACUGUCGUGACUUAAGUGUUAAUGUCGAAGUACCAGUGAAAAAGGAGCUAGAAAAAUGCAGCAACUCUGAAAAAAGCGUGUUUAUGCCUGGAUUCGCCAUGUCAGAAACAAAAUGCAAAUGUGGUGCCAUCUUCAAUGAUGUUGGCAUGCUUUUUCAACACCUUACUGAGGAACAUACCAAGGAACAUUGCUUUGACUGUUUCAAGUGCAUGCGGCUCACAGCUGCAUCUGUGGGGGAUUUGUUUGCUCACAUUGUUGACUGCCACACUGCCUUUUUUCGUUGCUGUUACAAGAAAUGUAUUUUUAUUGGUGAGAGCCAGCAAAGUGUUGAUGAUCAUGUAAUGCAGGCACACCAGUGCUUUGAUUUGCCCAAAGAGGAAGCCACAGAGACUUAUCACAAUGUUACUUGUGUGAACACCGAAAGCGACACACGGCCUCCUAGUAACCUUGACAAAGGGGACGACAUGACCACCUGCCCUGAAGAACCUUCUGAAAAUAAUUAUGGUUGGUCCCUUCUUGAGGGUGGCAUUGUUUAUAGUUGCACCCUCUGUUGCCAGAAUGAUAUGCAACCGUUAGACUUUUUCCGCCACAUGUCACUGGGCCAUGGUAUAAAGUUCUUCUGUGGUCAUUGCAAGAAGGGCUACAAGCUGUGGAAGCAGAUGGUGAUGCACCACAGCCGCUGCCACUCAGAAUUACAGCUUUCAGUGAAGAGCUUUGAAAAAAACAAGUUGGAAGAUGUGACUUCAGAAUCACAGUCAAACUGUGAUAAAGAAGGGCAGAAUGGAGCGGACAGCAAGUUGGCAACAAGCAACGAUGCUGAACUAAAGGAUGCCGGAAAGGCAUUUAAAAGUACACUGGCCAGGAAGACUUCCCAGGAAAGCUUCAUAGAGACAGCAGCACAGUCUGCAAGAAGAAUUGAUAGCAGCAACCUUCAUGUGCCUCCUCUGUCAAUGGCAUCACAUUAUUCACAUACACACAAAAAGGCGCCGCCAUCGUCAUCAAAGGAGUUGAAGCAGCUUACUGUUAAGUCCGGACCUCUGCAGCCCGCCCCUUUGGGCAAAAACUAUGCGACCUGUGGUCAACAAAAGAAGAGUCAGCCAGGCUAUUCAAAUGCAGCUAGUCGGCAAAAAGAUGAGUAUAGUCGCACUAGGCCUGAAAGCACCAGAAGUGUCCCUGAAUUUUCACCCUCAAGCAAAACAAGCAUUCCUCAAACAGCUGUCAGGAAAUUGUCUCCUGCUUCAUCUGCCUACCACAAGAAAGGCCUACCAAAGGAAAAUGAAAGAAAGGCUCUGCAGCGUAAGGAUGACUGCAAGCCAUCCUUGUUUUGUGGCCAUUGCUUAAAAGGUUACAAAUUGCUGAAGCCUCUUGUAACUCAUCAAAAAACUGUUCAUCCUGAAUUGCCACCUUCCAUCAGAAAGUUACACAUGGAGAAGUUAGAAGACAUCACAAGUGAUGAUGCAUCAAAGUACAAACAUCAGGGUGCUACAAAAAGUGCAUGGCUAGAUGAGUGUGAUCCUGUUGGGAAUGAGAGCACUAGUGAAGUGUCUCUCAGUGAUGGUAUUAAUGAUACCGACUAUGAGCGGAGCAGGAGUGAUAGUGUAAGAGCUCUCAAAAGAAAACCUAAAUGGCGGCGCAUUACAUUAAUAAGCAGUGAUUCUGAAGAUGACGAGGAUCCCAUCGCCUCGAAGCUUAGCUGUCGUGUCGAAGAAUUUUCAUACUAUGGGAAACCAGUGGAACCUAUUGACACCAAUGACAUUUACAUCCGAAUCCACGAGGGCGACUUUCGCAUUGCGUUCUCCCAGUUUGCUAGAAUUGUAAAUGUUUCUCCUAUAGUGUUGGUGCACAAGGAAAUUCUAAUGUGAAUUCAAUGCAUACCUGCCUUGGUCACAUUCUGUGUUGUAAUGGACGUAUCAUGCUGGUUUUUGACUGUAUGUAAUCUGUUAAACUUCUAAACAUGCUAAAUCCAUUAAUGUUCUUACAAAACAAGUUUACUAUACCUGAGCCGAGUAAAAUAACUUGGUGCUUCUUUUGUGUUAAGCAUUUUCUAUAGUACUGUUGCAUAUUGCUUUCAGCAUGCCUGUGCAAUUUUAAAAGCCAGUGAACUUAAACAUUAGUUCCAAUUUGGUGAUGUAAUGCAUGCAGGGGUGCAACAGCUGCGUCAUUGCGUCAAUUUGAUACAAUCCCGACCGGCCUUAAAAUUUUCUCAGUUGCGCUGAUUUCAUCGAGAAAUGGAGGUAACGUUGGCCAUCUGUCAUUUGCGCCAUCAAUUAGUUCAAGCGCAAAGAACCACAGGUCAAGACUCUCGGAAAAUGCGAUAGACCAGAUAGUAACUACGCCGCAUGCUUAUCGGUCAGCUGGUCGCACGAGACCCCUACCGGCGGGACGACGUAGCUUGAAGACAAAAAUGCGUUGCGAUGGCCAUCCACACUUUGCCGAAAAUAUGAAAUUCCUAGUCAGCAAACGCAGCUAUGGCAUGUGAGGAAGUAAAGCUGGAAGUGUAUGUUGCAUUUUUCAUGCACAAACUAACUCGACGUGCUCCUUAGGCCAGUGCUCAUGACGACCACGUUGAUUGCCACAGCAACAGCACAUGAACAUUUUUCUGUCUUGAAGUUGCGCUGUCCAAGCGUCCGGUGCCGUCGCCGGGCAAACGGACGCGCACCGUUUAUCUGGUCGAACCUGCCUUGCAAGCGAGCCGAGAAGUUGUACCUUAAACCUAACCCCUCCGUGAAAAAAAGAAGAAGAAAAAACUGUGGGGGCAGUUCGAAAAUUCAUUGGCUUUGUUCUAACCCGUGCCGAACGCUGCUUAAGCUACCUUUGUCGCAGUACACUGGUGCCUUUCAGAAAAGCGUAACAAGAUUUGGAAGGAGUUGUUUGCACUUGUCGCGAAACACAACACCUUUUGUUCAAUUACUCAUAGUAAAAACUAGUAAGAUCGUUUACAUUUAAAAAUGCUGCUGGCAAUCAUCUGGAUCGGUGUAUGUCAUUUCUGCAGCCAUAAAGAAAACUUUGCAUUAUUUUUUUAUUUUCGCCACCCCGUCUCCGUUUAUCGACUUUCCUGAAUUUCAAGGCCACCAGCUUAGCAGACCCACAUUUCAAUUCUGCAGAUUCUGUCAAAGAAAUCGACAGGUGCAGCAAAUGCUAAUGAUGACUAUUAUUGUUUGCUCAGUGGCAUGGUUGAAAAUGCUACUUACUUUGAAAUCGCAGUGCUCAUGCUCAAUCAACAUGAUUUAGAGGAUUUUGAAUUGCUUGUACAUAUUGUCACAAGAGUACAAUAUUUUUUUUUAUAUGUAAGCAUUCUUUUUUUAUAUUGCUCCAAAAUUUGGUCUUUCGUGAUAAAAAAUGAAUGUUUGGUACUUUGUAACCUGCUCCAAAAUUCGGUUUUAGUGCUGCAAAAGCAACGUUUAGGUACUAUAAAAAUUGCUCGAAAUUCUAUUUCGUCUUUUGCAUUCUUGUAUAAUGUCUUUUCUCUACAUGCUUGAACAGGAAACUUAUGUAUAAAUAGAUACCAUUAAAUCUCCCCUUGUAAACUUUGGAAUCAGUCACUCUUUAUGACAAUAUUUGAUAUAUAUACUUCAAUGUCUUUGUUAUUGCUUAAGCUGUUAUGCUUUGACCUGCUUUCAAGAAAAAUGUUACCUUUGUAGAUCAAUGAUACAUCUAAAUUGCUUUGUGAAUGCAGUAACCCAUUAACUCCUACAAUUUCUUAUGAGAUACAUGCGUCCCGAGCGCUACGCUGCAGACUGGGUGGCUCCACUAGCCUGCAUAAGAUGUCUGUGUUACACUGGAAGUGUAACACAGGCAUCUUUAUGUGUUACAGUGGAAGUGUAACACACAAAUUUUAUGUAUGAUGACCACCUAUUGUUAUUUUACUUGGUGUUCUGUAACUUGCAAGCAUCUCAGCAUGAGGAAGGUUAAAAGUUUCACAAAGAAUCAGUUUUUUCAAGUGUAAAUAUUGCAAAUGUAAUGCAUUUGCUACAGAAAGCAGUGCACUUUGUAUAUUGAAUACGUGUACAAACGGAGAAGAAUUCUGAAAGCAUGUGUCACCCCUUGAAAAGCUUUACCUGCAAGAUGUACUCUGUUAUAAGUGUUAAUAUUUCCAACGUUGAGUGAAAUGACUAAAGGAAAAUGAAUAAACCUAUUCACAUAGAUUGCAAAUAUAGCAAUGCAAACACUGCUUCUGAUGCUUCAAAAUAAAGGUGGAAGAUCUUUGCUGCCUA